UGUAAAGCAUAAUAAAAAAGGGCAGGGCUUCAAGAAUGGGGAAAGCGUGUUUUCGAUUCAAAUUGAACCAGGAGUAGCAGGCCAGCUCCCCGUCCAGGCGCCGUGCCCAGCCCAGAGAGCGCUCUCCUGGACCGACACCUGGGGGCUUGGAAGGAUGUUUCACGUAGGUCGAAUGUGGAGCUGUCAUUGGAAGUGGAAGCCAAGUUCCCUUUUGUUCUUGUUUGCUGUAUGUGCUGUCUCUGUUCCUCACUCAGUGUGGGGAUGUGCCAACUGCAGGGUUGUGCUAUCCAAUCCUUCUGGGACCUUUACUUCUCCAUGCUACCCCAAUGACUACCCUAACAGCCAGGCUUGCAUGUGGACCCUCCGAGCUCCCACCGGCUAUAUCAUUCAGAUAACAUUUAAUGACUUCGACAUUGAAGAAGCUCCCAAUUGCAUUUAUGACUCAUUAUCCCUUGAUAAUGGAGAGAGCCAGAAGAAAUUUUGUGGAGCAACUGCCAAAGGCCUAUUGUUUAACUCAAGUGCGAAUGAGAUGCAUGUGUCCUUUUCAAGUGACUUUAGCAUCCAGAAGAAAGGUUUCAAUGCCAGCUACAUCAGAGUGGCUGUGUCCUUAAGGAAUCAAAAGGUCAUUUUACCCCCGACACUGGAUGUGUACCAGGUGUCUGUUGCAAAAAGCGUCUCUAUUCCGGAGCUCAGCGCUUUCACACUCUGUUUUGAAGCAGCCAAAAUUGGCAAAGAUGACGGUGAAUGGAUGUUGUUUUCCUACUCCGAUGCAUCCUUCACACAACUGCUCAGCUUUGGAAAGGCCAAGAGUGGCUACUUUCUAGCUAUAUCUGGCUCCACAUGCUCACUGAACAGUGCGCUACCUGUGAAGGGAAAAGAAGACAUUUUCACAGAAAGCUUUGAGCAGCUCUGCAUCGUUUGGAAUAAUUCUUGGGGCUCUGUCGGUGUAAAUUUCAAAAGAAAUUACGAAGCAGUUCCAUGCGAUUCUACCUUUAAUAAAGUUAUUUCUGGGAAUGGGAAAUUGUUGUUGGGCUCCAAUCAAAAUGAAAUUGCCUCUCUAAAAGGGGACAUUUAUAACUUUCGACUUUGGAAUUUUACCAUGAAUUCCAAAAUCCUCUCCAACCUCAGCUGUAAUGUAAAAGGGAAUGUGGUCGACUGGCAAAAUGACUUUUGGAAUAUCCCAGCCCUAGCUCUGAAAGCUGAGAGCAACCUAAGCUGUGGUUCCUACCUGAUCCCGCUCCCAGCAGCAGAACUAGCCAGCUGUGCAGAUUUGGGGACCCUCUGCCAAGCAGCUACUGUAAGUACUCCUAGUCCUGCACCACCUACUGUCUCCACUAACAUGCCUGUUACUAACAGAACCGAUAAACAAAAGAAUGAUGGAAUUAUCUAUAGAAUUUCCAUAGUGGUUCAAAACAUCCUUCGUCAUCCUGAGGUAAAAGUACAGAGCAAGGUGGCAGAAUGGCUCAAUUCAACCUUCCAAAAUUGGAACUAUACUGUUUAUGUGAUCAAUAUCAGUUUUCACCUGAACACAGGAGAGGACAAGAUUAAAGUCAAGAGAAACAUUGCAGAUGAUCAAAGGAUGGUGAUUUGGGCCCAUCUAGUUUACAAUGCUACUGACAAUAUCAAUUUAGAAGGAAAAGUGAUUCAGCAGAAGCUCUUAACAAGUAAUGAGUCCCUGGAUGAGGGCUUGAGGCUGUACACCGUGAGUGUGAGGCAACUGGGUUUUUGCCUUAAGGAGGAGAAUCCCAAAGGCUAUCAGUGGCCAGACCUCUACCCUUCUGAAUACAAGCUUUUGUGUCCAGAGAAGCCAGGUUUUUAUGCUUCACGGAUCUGUUAUCAAAACUCGUCCAACACAUCUGUAGCCCACUGGGGGAUUCCUGAUAUCUCCAAUUGUUCAAAGGAAGCAAAUGAAAUUGCCAAUCAGAUUUUAAAUUUAACUGGUGAUGGGCAGACUUUAAACUCAGCCAAUAUUACCAGCAUUGUAGAAAAGGUGAAAAAGAUCGUGAAUAAAGAAGAAAACAUUGAUUUAACUCUUGGCUCAACUUUAAUGAAUAUAUUUUCUAAUAUCUUAACCAGUCCAGACAGUGACUUGCUUAAAUCUUCUUCUGAAGCUUUAAGAACAAUUGAUGAAUUGGCUUUCAAGAUAGACCUAAAUAGCACACCACAUGUGAAUAUUACAACUCGGAAUUUGGCUCUUGGAGUAUCAUCCCUAUCUCCAGAGACUAGUGAAGAUUUAAAUUUUAGCAUCAGUCUUCCAAGAAAUAAUGAAUCCUAUUUUCAGAUGGAUUUUGAGAAAGGACACAUGGAUCCAUUGGCUUCUGUCAUUUUGCCUCAAAAUUUACUCAAGAACUUAAGUCAAGAUUAUUCUGCAAUAGUUAAAAGAGCACAGUUUACUUUCUUCAAUAAAACCGGACUUUUUCAGGAUGUGGGGACCAAGAAAGGCACCCUAGUGAGUUACGUGAUGGCGUGCAGCAUCGGAAACAUUACCAUCCAGAACCUGAAGGACCCAGUUCGAAUCAGAAUCAAACACACGAAAAACAAGGCAGGGCAUAAACCCAUCUGUGCCUUCUGGGACCUGAACAAAAAUGAGGGUUCUGGAUUCUGGAACACGUCGGGCUGUGUCGCGCACACGAAUUCGGAUGCAAGCGAGACCGUCUGCCUGUGCAACCACCUCACACACUUCGGCAUUCUGAUGGACAUUUCAGGAACGGCCUCACUGAUAGAUGCAAGGAACACCAGAGUGCUCACCUUCAUCUCCUAUGUUGGGUGUGGAAUAUCUGCUAUUUUUUCAGCAGCAACUCUCCUGACAUAUGUUGCUUUUGAAAAAUUGCGAAGGGAUUUUCCCUCCAAAAUCUUGAUGAACCUGAGCACGGCGCUGCUGUUCCUGAAUCUGAGCUUCCUCCUGGACGGCUGGAUCACCUCGUUCCACGUGGAGGGGCUCUGCACCGCCAUCGCCGCCCUGAUGCACUUCUUCCUCCUCGCGACUUUCACCUGGAUGGGGCUGGAAGCGAUCCACAUGUACAUCGCUCUGGUUAAAGUAUUUAACACUUACAUUCGCCGAUACAUCCUGAAAUUCUGCAUCAUUGGCUGGGGUUUACCUGCCUUUAUAGUGUCAGUUGUUUUAGCAAGCAGAAACCAAAAUGAAGUUUAUGGAAAACAAGGUGAUGAAUUCUGUUGGAUUCGGGACAUGGUGGUGUUUUACGUGACCUGUGCUGGGUAUUUUGGAGUCAUGUUUUUCCUGAACGUUGCCAUGUUCAUCGUGGUAAUGGUGCAGAUCUGUGGGAGGAACGGCAAGAGGAGCAACCGCACCCUGCGCGAAGAGAUCUUGAGGAACCUGCGUAGUGUGGUCAGCCUGACGUUUUUGCUGGGCAUGACGUGGGGUUUUGCUUUCUUUGCCUGGGGACCCUUGAAUGUCCCUUUCAAAUACCUCUUCUGCAUCUUCAAUUCGUUACAAGGCUUUUUUAUAUUUAUUUUCCACUGUGCCAUGAAGGAGAACGUUCAGAAACAGUGGAGGCGGCAUCUCUGCUGCGGCAGAUUCCGGUUAGCGGACAACUCGGACUGGAGUAAGACAGCUACCAAUACCAUCAAGAAAAGUUCUGAUAAUCUAGGAAAAUCAUUGUCCUCAAGCUCCAUUGGUUCCAACUCAACCUACCUGACAUCCAAGUCGAAAUCCAGCUCUUCCACCUACUUCAAAAGAAAUAGUCACACUGACAAUGCUUCCAUGGACAAGUCCUCAUUCAAACCGACCCAUGCUGAUGGAGAACAAACAUCAAUCAUCCCUGUUCAUCAGGUCAUCGAUAAGGUCAAGGGUUAUUGCAAUGCUCAUUCAGAUAACUUCUAUAAAAAUAUUAUCAUGUCAGACACUUUCAGCCACAGCACAAAGUUUUGAUGCUGUUAAUGUGAGCAAAGAAGACUCGGUCGGCAGAAACGUGACUUGCAAGCAGAAAACUGGGACUAGCAGAUGUAAACAAGCCAUUACCUAGGUAACUGCAUUUGUAGGAGGAAUGUAUUAUGUUUAAAAAGGUCUUGUGAAAUUCAGAAUUCUUCUUUUCAGAGAGCUGGUUCCAAGGGGAAGCUUCCGCCAUCGCCAAAACUUUCAGUACUGAGAGCAACAGUACUCAGUGGCCACAGGAAAAAUGAAUUUUUAAAAUAUGUAAUUGAAUUAGACGAAUCAGAACUUGGGGGGGGUGUUAAAAUUAGAGGAGAAGGGAGAGGCUGAGCUAGGGACAAACCCUAGUGUAGAGCUUAUUCGCACCCCACCCCAUAGUUAGGUUUGGAUAUUGCCAUUUGCGUCAUCAAAAUUUUUCUCAACAAUCAAAGCAUACUGAUGUUUCUGGCUGUUUUGGAUGCCCACACAUGCCAGCUCAGUGCUGGUUUCUGUGAGGACAAUGGCAUAUUUUCUCCUUUUCAAUGGAAUUUCAACCAUAGAUACAAAAGAAGUUCUGACCUGUAGAUGAGAUCAGAAGAAUGUUCAACCUUCAGGAACAUAAUAUGCUUAAGAAAGAAAGAAUUCCCCAAAUUUUGAAGUAGUUAAUAUGAGGCCAUGCAAAUUUAUACCAUUACACUUAUCCUAGUCAAGACACAAGGCUUAAGCAUCAUCAUUAUCAUUGAACCCCAUGCGUUUGAAUCAAGUCUAGUGUUGACGGUCCAUUAAUGUGGAAUCCCAGUAGCUGUUGAAGAAUGAAUCUUUUAUACCUCUGCUUUUGCUCCUCUACUGUAGAUUGAGACCACAGGCUCAUGGGAGGGAUGAGAGAAUGUCCAUGAGGCACGCUGGGUACAGUAGUCUCUCCCUUUUAGAAAUACAACCAUCGAGACUCUCUGCUCCUGUUCUUGCUCUGCAGACUUGCAGACAUUUGCAAUCGCACAAAUGAAAAGCCUCUUAUUCCCCUUUUAAGAGUUUUGUUCCAAGGAAUAUAAACUGAGACAAAUGGAUGACUUAUCAUAAUCAAAAUAAUUUAUAAACAUGUGGGUCUACAAUUGCUAGUCUAUAAACUAUUUGUACAUAAGUCCUCUGAUUAUAAGAGCCAGAGGAGGUCUGGCAAGAUAGAUUGUGUGUUAUUUAUGGAUUAGGUUUCUGCCUCCAAAGCCAUGCAUAAUAUUAAGCAGCUUACCUAACUUUCAAACUAUUCUGAGUAAUAUGCUCGCUAGUGAAUGUUUAGGAGACCACAUUUUAAUUGUUCUUCAAUGAUGGAUUUGUAUCCAGUUUCUUACAAAUCGGUCCCAGUACAUGCUGUGCCCUCACAUUUGCUCUGGGUUAUCUGGGAAGGUGCAGAGUCUGGGAGGUAGCAGCCUAUGUGCUUGGACGUUGAGACAUUCUGGAACCAAUCCGCCUAAAGGCAGAUACCGGAAGCCAGAGCUGAGCAGCUGGGGGCCAUUCCCUCUGUGCAGAGACAGUAGCUCUCAGCUUGAGACGCAGGAGAACAUUCAGGAUUGUGAAGCCACCAAGGGGCCUCGCCCCUUUUGCUGAUCUUCAGUCAUAAAGCCAUUUGCCAGGCUUGAGUGGAUGAUAAGAUAAUGUGGCAAUGGAUUUGAUUACUGUUCCAUUUUGCAGCAGCGUAGAACACUGUCUGGGUGACAUGAGCGCUGCCCAGCUUGGCCUUCACAGGGGACAGGUGUCUAUACUGGGGAAGGAUAAUAAAUCUUAAAAUCACUAAGAUCCACUGCAGUAGAGCCAGAUCCUUUUCUGUAGACAUAUUAACAGACCGCUUAUUCUGGCAGAGAUUACAUAUAGAGGAAAAUGAACCUUAAGUAGUCACUACAUCUUCAUAUACUUUCCCCAAGCCUCAGAGAUUCACGAUAGAAUUUAAUUAGCUUUCUACUGUCGGAUUUCCACCCGGAGUGCUUAUUGAGUUAACAGUGAUUAAGAGAUAGCUACAAAAAAUGACUUAGAUUCCUACUCAUAUUUAUCCAGUUCUGGGAAAACCUUUGUAUUCAUAGUGACAACAAUGCUGGCUCCACUUUAGAAAUGUCCAGUAACCAGGUGAGGAAAAAAUACAGAAACAGCUCAAUAGAAACGUUUGCAGGUAGAUUUAAAGACUGAGCCAACUUCUGCCCUCAGUUCUAAGCCUACAAUUCUCACCUUCAUUUAACCCCUCAGAACAGAAUUACAGGAAUGUAGCUAAGAUUUCGUUUUAACUGAACUUUGACACUGGUAUCAAUUCAGACUCUCUGGGUUAUUUUUCUUCAUCCUUUUUUCUUUUUUAGGCUACAUUGUUGUUAGAACCUUAGUCUGGCAUCUGUGAUGUUUUCCCUUCUUGUGUACUUGUGCUGUAAAGCUGUUCUGAGUUCAUUGUUGUCAUAGACUCUUUUGUACAUAUUUAUUUAUUUGUGUUUAUAAAUGUCAGCUUGUUUUAUAUCUUAGCUUUACAUCGCCUGGCCUUGUUAUUUUAAUUAACUUUCUACUGGGGAGACUGUAUAUAUUUUUUUUCUAAAUACAUUGUGAAAUAGAUUUCUGUAGCGGUGUCCUUGAAUAUGAAGCAUGAAAAAAUGACUGUGAUGCAGACGGGAAUUCGUAGUGAGAAGCUACCGUAGCCGCUGUGCCAUUGUACUUAAAUGGAAAUGUUUUUCAAAUAAAUACUUAGGUUGUUUGUGUUCCAAACUACUCGAUUCCUUUACGAGUGAAUGCUUUGAUUUCUGACUCUGAAAUAGGAAAAGAUUGUUUGACAACUGGGAAACACCCAGCCUCUAGUUAAGCCGGUGACACGGGUACUUGGCCAGAACACUGAGCGGCUGUUACAAAGCUGCAGUGUCCUAGCGAUCGAUACAUUUUAGGUUCUGAGAUGACUGAUGAGAUGCCAGCUCCCUGGAAGAUUAAACAUGAUGUAGAUUUCUCUCUGAGCAAAGUCUUUCAGCAACCCCCAAAGGGAAAUGAAUCAGUGCUAUUGCACAGAAGUUAGGUCCUAGGAUGUUUUCUCACCGUUUAUACUUGCUGUUUGCAUGGGGGGAGCUUGGGCAGGGGCAGAAUGGAGCCAGCUCCGGCUUCGCUUGGUGAUUAGGACAGAACCCUGCACUUCCUCUGCUGGGGUUACUUAGGACACCCCUGUGCGGAGCCAAGGCCCAGCACGCAGCUGGGAGGUGCGUCCCUGGUCCCUGCUGCCAGGGCCUGGCCAGGUCGCAGCGCCGGCCAAGCCCUGCUGAGAAAACAGCAGUUGCUUAAGAUUCAUCCAGGAGCAAGUCUCUUCAGAAAGCGGGGAGUAGAUGGGAGCCGUUUAUUUGACUUGCAGGCUGACCCGUGUUUGUAGUGUUUUGAAAUUUGAAGGAACUGGGCUUUAUAAAUACUGUGUUUUGGAAGGACUCUGUGUUUUCAGUUCAAUCACAUACUUUUCUCACAUAAAAGUAUUGAAAUGCCU